AUGAAACUGAACCCUGUAAAGUGUAGAUUCGCAGUGGCAUCAGGAGAAUUUCUCGGGUACCUAGUCACGUGUCGUGCGAUCGAAGCCAAUCCUACGCAGAUAAACGCGUUAAUAGAGAUGGUCUCGCCGAAGACGAAACGGGAAGUCCAAAGGCUAACCGGAAGAGUCGCAGCCUUGAACCGUUUCAUCUCGCGCUCGACGGAUAAGUGUCUUUCUUUCUACGACACGCUGAAAGGGAAUAAGAAGUUCGAAUGGUCGGAGGAAUGUGAGAAAGCUUUCCAACAGCUAAAACGUUACCUUGCCACUCCUCCCGUCCUCACAAAACCAGUGGAGGGAGAACCCUUUUUCAUGUACAUCGUAGUCUCCACAACAGUGGCAAGCGGCGUUUUGAUUAGAGAGGAACGCGGUGAGCAAAAACCAAUCUUCUACAUAAGCAAAACGUUACUGUACGCUGAGACCCGGUAUCCCCUGAUGGAGAAACUAGCAUUCGCAGUUGUGACAUCGGCAAGGAAACUCCGGCCUCUGAGUCAGUCAGGACGACUCGCAAAAUGGGCAAUCGAACUAAGCGAGUACGACGUGGAGUACCGCCCAAGAACCUGCGCAAAAUCUCAAGUACUAGCGGACUUCUUGGUAGAAUUACCCACGGGGGAUAUGAAAAACACGGAACCGGACUCAACCUGGAUUCUUCACGUCGACGGAUCAUCGUCCAAACAAGGAUCCGGGAUCAAAAUCCGGCUCACGUCUCCGACCGGCGAAGUCUUGGAACAGUCGUUCCGAUUGGAAUUCCAUGCGUCGAACAACGAGGCCGAAUAUGAAGCACUCGUCGCAGGAUUAAGAUUAGCCCAUGGUCUUAAGAUCCGUAACAUUCACGCUCACUGUUACUCUCAGUUAGUCGCAUAUCAGUACAGUGGAGAAUACGAAGCGAGAGACGAAAGAAUGGAUGCAUAUCUAAAACUCAUCCAAGACCUCUCCCGGGACUUCAACCACUUCGCCCUCACUAGGAUUCCUCGCUCGGAAAACACUCAGGCGGAUGCCUUCGCCGCACUCGCAUCAAGUUCGGAUUCUGGACUAAGACGAGUAAUCCCCGUCGAGUUCAUCGAACACCCAAGUAUCAGACCACCAGUGGUCGCCAAUCUGAUUCGAGCACAAAUUGAAAAUGCGGAGGAAGUCGAAGACCCACCAGAAGAAAAAUUGGAUCAGUUGGAAUACAGCUGCGACAGCCCAUGGAUAGAGCCAAUCCGAGCAUACAUAAUCGACGAGACGCUUCCCACUGAGAAAUGGGCGGCCCGCAAAAUCAAAACCCAGGCCACGCGAUAUGUAACGGUAGAAGGAGAAAUCUAA